UUUCUUGGUGCCUUUUCUGCUACAUGUGAAAAGAUCUAAUAGAAAGAACCUGUAUUAUAUGUCACAGUGCAAGAUACUUAUGUGCUGAAGCAGAAUUUAAAAAUGGCUUUGUAGUUGUUAACAGGUUACAGAAGAGACUUAGUGUUUGGGAUUUUAGAAUGGGGUUUUGUUUGCUUGUUUUAUUAAAACCUAUGUUUUGUCCGUAAAGUAACUGAACAGCAUGAGGGGCUUGAGGAGCCUAGAAAGAUCUGUCCCCUUCCGUGGGGACUAUAUUAGACCUCUGAGUCAUGAAGUCUUUGCAUAGUAGGUGUCUGGUUACAAACCUUUUAUGGGCUCUACUCAGCUGGGAUAUCAGCAUCUGCAUUAUAGCUCCCAUCUAUUCUUAGGUGGUAUCAGAGCACGACUGAACAGUGCCCUGUUGCUGCCUGUGAAAGUGGUACAACAUGGCUUACAGUGUGACUCUGAAUGGACCUGGACCGUGGGGCUUCCGACUGCAAGGGGGCAAGGACUUCAACAUGCCCUUGACCAUCUCCAGAAUCACCCCUGGCAGCAAGGCAGCACAGUCACAGAUGAACCAGGGGGACCUUGUCGUGGCUAUUGAUGGAGUCAACACUGACAGCAUGACCCACCUGGAGGCCCAGAACAAGAUCAAAUCAGCCAGCCACAACCUAAGCCUCACUCUGCAGAAGUCUAAACGUCCAGUGCCAGUUUCAACGACUGCUCCCAGAAUUGACUCUCCCAGGGCUGUAAUUCCCCAUCAGAAGGUCAUAACCAACACCGCUGCCAACACGGACUUCACGGAGCGUUUCAACCCCAAUGUCCUGAAGGACUCUGCCCUGUCUACCCACAAACCCAUUGAGGUGAAGGGCCUUGGCGGCAAGGCUACCAUAAUUCACGCGCAGUAUAACACCCCGAUCAGCAUGUAUUCCCAGGAUGCUAUCAUGGAUGCAAUUGCAGGCCAGGCACAAGCCCAGGGUGGAGAAUUUGCUGGUGCCCUCCCUAUAAAGGAUCCCCACGUAGACAGUGCCUCUCCAGUGUAUCAGGCUGUGCUUAAAACUCAGAACAAGCCUGAGGAUGACAGUGAGGACUGGAGCCGUCGCUCUGCCAACUUGCAGUCGAAGUCCUUCCGCAUCCUUGCCCAGAUGACUGGAACCGAGUACAUGCAAGAUCCAGAUGAAGAAGCCCUGAGGAGGUCAAGAGACAAGGAAAACCUUGCAGCAGCAUCAGAAAACAGGCCUACAGGUACUGCGCAUGCGCCCCAGUAUGUGACCUCGAGUAUUUGGCAUCCUCCUAAGUCAUCCACCAGGGAUGCCAACACUGCCAAUGCUCAGCCAGUGGCCUCCAAGGGGUCUGUGAGGCUUGGAGCAGGUACAAGCCAGGGGGAGGCUGGUGUUGGCCAGAAAGCCCCUCUUGCUUCAUCCAGUAACCACAGAGUUCUUGCAGCCCCCAGCUCACUUUCCCAGCCUAAGCCUUUCCAUGGGCCCAAGAACAUGUCAUUAGCAGCUUCCACUAUUUCAUCUGCUAUCUCAUCUCAGUCUAGUUUCAACCGGCAUUCUUCCACCUCCAUCAGCUACCAGUCAAAGCAGAGAAACACAAUCCAGUCAUAUACACCAAUGCCAGUUUCUGGAAGCUACAGUGAAAGUCCUGCUCCUUCUGCUGCUUCAAAAACAAGAGUUGUUACUACUGCCAGCAUAAAGCCCUCUGUCUACCAGCCAGCGCCAGCACCAGUUCAUUCCUACACCCCUGCCAACACGGAGCCUGCGAGUCGCCCUCCCUGGGUAACAGAUGACUCCUUUUCCCAGAAAUUUGCACCUGGAAAAUCCACCACCACUGUCACAAAGCACAUCCUACCAAGGGGUGCUCCAGUGCCAUCUCCUGCCACGAUUUCUGCUUACCCGUCUCCAGUUUCAACUUCUUCCCAGCCCCCUGCAUUAGCCCGGGGAACAGUUCAGAGGGCGGAGCGUUUUCCUGCCAGCAGCCGAACUCCUCUCUGCGGGCACUGUAACAGCAUCAUUCGAGGUCCUUUCCUGGUAGCCAUGGGACGCUCUUGGCACCCAGAAGAAUUCAAUUGUGCUUACUGCAAGACAUCCUUGGCUGAUAUGUGCUUUGUGGAGGAGCAGAACAGUGUGUACUGUGAGCGCUGCUAUGAACAGUUCUUCGCACCAACCUGUGCCAGAUGCCACACCAAGAUUAUGGGGGAAGUGAUGCAUGCCCUAAGACAGACUUGGCACACAAGUUGCUUUGUCUGUGCUGCUUGUAAGAAGCCAUUUGGGAAUAGCCUGUUCCACAUGGAGGACGGGGAGCCUUACUGUGAGAAAGAUUAUAUUGCUUUGUUCAGCACAAAAUGUCAUGGCUGUGAUUAUCCUGUUGAAGCUGGAGAUAAAUUCAUUGAAGCUCUUGGACACACUUGGCAUGACACCUGCUUCAUUUGUGCUGUAUGCCAUGUGAAUUUGGAAGGUCAGCCAUUCUACUCCAAGAAAGACAAGCCACUGUGCAAGAAGCAUGCCCAUGCCAUCAAUGUUUAAAAGAAGAGUUGGUAGUCAGUAAUGCUGGGGUAAAACAGAUGACUAACAGGGCAAUUGUAACGUUGAUAACCAUGGCUAGCACUUCUCUUGGUAAAAGCUAGAUGUUGGUACUUCUCAAGUUUAACUUUAUCCUCUUUCACAAAUGCAGAACAUGCUUUUUGCAAAGCUCAUACAAAACCUUCUGAAUGAGCAGUCAAAACCAAAUGAACUCAUGAACUAGUCCAUUAUUAUAGCAACAGUUGGGGGAAAUAUUGAAAUUAACUAAAAACCCUAUUAUAAAAAAUAAUGUGCAAAUACAGUUUCAAGUUAACUGCCCACAGCAGUUUUACUGCUUAGACCACACACUGCUGUUCAAAAACAACUGGAAAAAUACGUCUGUAUUAAGUCAUUUUCUUUCACAGCAAGAAUGAGUAAGUGCCAUAUGUACAGUCAUCUGUAGAUCCAAAGGCCGUAGCUUUCAAAGGGAAAUAAAUAGAUUAGGGCUUCCUCUAGGAAAAGUGAGUGCUGUUCCAUUAUGUUGUGGUGCUACCUCAUAGCAUCAGAUAUUUUAGAUUCUUUCCAAAUAAUAAGUCUGCCUUGAAUCCAUAUGUAGCUGGGAAGCCUAGGUGACAAUCCAUAACAAUUUGAAUAUAAAAUGGUUGGGUCAACCUUGCUAGUGCACUUGGCUUCUAUGUGCACAGUAGAUAAUUCACUUUCAAAUCGUAAUGGAAAAGGACAACUGGCUUUCUCCAAAUUGCUCUUACAUUGAAUGGAAUAGAGCUGACUGGAAAGGCCAGCUUUUAAUUCAAAACCAUUUUCCUUUCCUCCUGUGAUAAAAAAAAAGAGAUUCAAUCUUGUUUUGGUUUCUAAUUCCCACUGAUAUCAGAGGGAGGUAGGAACUUACAUCUGGACCUUCACACUAAUGAACACAGAAGAAACACAUCUAGCACAGCUAGGCUGUGGGAGACAGCUUACAAAAAUUCCCUCCUCUAUCCCACAUAAUUAGGAAAAAGAAUUUUUUUUUCCUAUAGUAAAUGUAUGUGUAUCAAAAAUCUAUAAGGCAGCAGGCACAUACUCUUUAUUCCUUUCCUUACUUUAAAUGUAGCACAUCAUGAAUUGUAGCAGUAUUUGCCAUUGGAAAACAGUAGCUAUGUUCCAACAACUAGGAUAACCAUACAGUCAUCUUUUCUACUAACUAUACAGGCAUCUAUCCUAAUAGCUUGAGAACAACUUUCAAGUUUUUGAGACUGUUAUUGAUAAAACUCUUUUUCUCAAAUAAGCAAUACUUGUAGUACUGAUAAUACUUUUGAGUAUGGGAGACAGCAGUUCUGUCUGGUGGAGUUAAGAUGGAAAGUCUGAUCAUUGUUCAAGCUUUAUUAACUCAUUUAAGUGAGAAUUAUGAUGUGUGCUUGCAGUACUGAGAGUUUUGAAUUAGUACUUCUGAGGCUGAGGAUGCUUUCUGUGGGCCAUAUGCUGGUGUCAUCUGCACCUAUUUUACCUUGUGUUCUGAGUAGCUAAAAAUUACAUAACCUUGUCUGUCUUGUCCCUCCCGUGGAUAAUGCCCAUUUCAUUUGUGUGUUUUUUAAGGGAUGAAAAAUUAUCCAAAGCUUAGGGGAGGAAUAAAUGAAAUUUGGAGUUCUAAAAUAAGAGUUAAGUUAGCUGCAGGCAGUCUGCAUCUUGGACAAAAGUAACAACCUGAACUGCCUGUGGCAGUUUUGACAUGUAUGACCUGUAUUUAUUCAGUAGGUAUCUUAGUUUUCACUGAUCUUAGCAGUGAUCUGAUCUGAGUUGCUACAGGGUCAGAUUUUUAUAUGCAUGAGUUAUUCUAAAACAGUAGUACAUUAUAUGCAAAGCCUUUUUUUGUUUGUUUGUUUUGGGUUUUUUUCUGUAAGCAAGCAAAUUUUCUGUUUUCAGUCGGUGCUGGGCUGGUGUGAAUAUGGUCCCAUAGAUUACAAAAUCCAAAUAUCUGGCUCAUACUAUUCUCCAGAGGAAUUAAUCAUAAUUAUGGAAGUUAAAUAUUUUUUCCACUUCUAUUUGACUUCAUUAAAUACAUAUUCACAACAGUGAGAAAAUUCUACAUUUCAUUUUUCAGUGCCAUUCAACAAAAUACUGUUUGUUAUUAUCUGUUAUUUGAGAGAAUUCACAUCAGCAUACUCUAUGCUGAGACUGCAUUGAAGAUACUCUUUAGGCAGAUUUGUGUCAGUGUUGGCCACUGACUGAGACUACUCUGACUGCAACAUCAGAACAGGGAAUCAGGCUCCGUGGGAAGGGCUUGUGAUGGAUGCCUCAGGAGAAUUUCAUGAGGUCUUUCACCUCUGAUCUGCAUGUGUUUAUAUGUGUGUGCCUCAUUCUCCCCUCCACCUUCCCCCUCAAUGUCCCUAUAAGCUUCCUCUUGGCUGGCACCGUGGAGGAUAAAUCAUUUUAGGAUCUGGCCAGAGGUGUUGGGCUGCAGCUGAGGGAGUGCAGUGUGUGGAGAGCUCCGGCAGGCAGCCUGGCUGGGGCAGGCUGGGGGGGUUUUGGGCCCGGGGGCGGGGAGGGGAGGCUGGGAUGGCACAGGGAGGGCACCUGAGGCUGUCAGAAUGCAGGGGCUCUGCAGGCCCCUGGCUGAGUGGCACUGAGGAGAUGGGGAGCCCUUCCUGGGGCUGGGCUCGGGGCAGAGAAUAGCCAGGUAAGGGCACUUUCACCACACUGGCAUGGCAGAGUUGGGUGGGGCAGGGGAGGCUGGGUAGGGGGCACCAGGAUCACAACAGUCAGGAUGAGGGCUUCAAGGAAGAAAUUAGGGUACAAGAAGCUCCCAAUAACCCAGAGAGAUGGUUUGCAUACAUACAGAGGGGUGAGCAAGGAUCCAAUCUGGUAAAUCUGGUCUGGACUGCAGGAAAGGGAAUGCAGUGUACAUGAGCAGAGCUGAGCUGGCUUGCAGGGUGGCAGCAGUGAAGUGCAGCAGCACAGACUUCAGUGGGAGCUGUACUGGCUUGAGAGAGUCCUGAAAAAUUCCUUGGGCAGAGAACCUGCACUGUAGCACAUGCCCUGACUCCAGCUGGUGUCUGAAAAAGUGAAAUUAAAGCUAGUUUACAUAUCACUGUAUGAGGUACAGCAAUAUCUCUGAAUGAAGAACAGUGAUACCCUGAGGAUUAUCAUGUAAUAAAAAUUUCCUGUUAUGACUUGUGCUGCUUCAUAAUGUGGUCCAAAAAUAGGGAAGCCACAAACCUGCCCUUGAUAUCUAUAUUAAGAUAUAAUUUUUGCACAUUAUCUGAACCAGAAAUUUGUGAAUAAUAAUGUAGCAUUUUAACUUUCACAGAGGUAGAAUACCACAUAACUGCUGAUACUCCUCUGCUGCAUCACCUUUGUGAUAUGGAGAGGGUAAAAUGCUUAUUUAUAUAAUAAUAUAUAUCUCUGAAAUUCAAAAUAUGAUCUUUCAACUAUCACGGAAAAUAAUGUUGUACAAAAAUAGAAUAAGAUGAAUAAUGUGUACUUGAUAAUGUUUUAUGUCUUGUAAGAGAUGCCUGAGAUAAGUCCUAAGUUCUUCUGAAUAUUUCUCUUCAUUCUAAUUAAUGUGAGGUUUUACACAAUAAAACAAAGAUACUGUACCUCUGAAUGAUCAAUUGAAAAGAUCAGCCUUUUCUCUAACUAAAAAGUGUUCAAUAACUUUUCCAUCAAAGGAUUCAAAAGCUUUUUUUAAUGCUUUUCUCUCUUUUGGUGUUCUUUUUGCAGAACAGGGCAAAAUUAAGUGUUUCCAAAUAAGGUUACUUUUAUUAUCUGGACAAAAAAAAAAAGUCUUAGACUUUUUUUUCAUUAGUUUUCACUAUAUUGGAUUCACAAGUUACACAAUUCUCAAUUAUAAAAUCAAUUCAAAACAAGGAAAAAUAUUUUUCCAUUGGUCCUUCAGUGGUCAAUACUUUGUGUGAAAUGUUUUGCUGAAGAUUACUUGUAUUUAUGUUUAAUAAUGUGAAUGUCUACAGCACUGAACACAUUCAUUAGUGUCUAAUGCUGGGCACACUAAUGGUUUUUUGCAAUACUUAUCUCCAGGUAGUGGAUAUUAAUUUGUUUAUAAACAUCAGAAUUUGAAACUGAGUGAUUUAUUGCCUGCAGUGAUCAUAUAUUAGAAGUCUAGGUUUUAUAAUAUUUUGACAUGUUGACUUGAUGCCACAAGUGUCCUUGCUUUUAGAUAGAUAUUUUUCCCUAAGUUUCUAGUUAUUUCAGAACUGAAUGUCUGGUGGUUUAUGAGAUGUGAGUAAUUACCUUGCAUGGAUUAUCUGUGCCAACAUGAAUAAAACAGUCUAGUAAUAAUAGCAAUGUGCAAAAACAUUUAAAGCUUUCUGAUUUGGGUAUAUUUAUUAAUAUGCCAUGUGAACAGCUGACAGAUUUCAGCCAUGUUAUAUCAGUAAGAAAGUAUACACAGGCUUGUACUCUCUACUUCAGACCUGAAAAUAAAAAUUAAAAGCAUUGGUUUCACCGUUAUUGUA